AUAUUCUUAUUUAAUUGGGAAAGUAAAUAUUCGUUUUACCGAAGUGAAUGUAGCAAGACUGAGAGGAAUAAUUAUGCCCACAAUGAUUUCGGUAUUAGUCUUGAGUCGUUCAAACAGAAUCAUGAUACACUGUUUGAAUCUGAUACCGAAGUGCCUUGAAUUCGACAUCACAAUCCAAUUCGAUUCGUAAACUCUGUAGGAUAAUUCAGAACAUUGAAUAAUCACUUUGUUAGCGAAGAAACAUGGUAAGAAAAUUUGCGUAAUCAACGCAACGGCGCCAAAGAUGUAAGGCAGAGCAAAUUGUGUAUCCUGGAAAAGCGAUGUAGAAUUUCAAUUAGAAAAUAGUUUUUAUGAAAAUUUAGACUUAAAAGUAAAGAAUGAGGAAAAAAAAUGAAAAUGAAAACCAGAAUCAAAUUCAAACAAAAAAUCUUUUCCGAAAUAUUACAAAAAAUGUCUCAUUUUUGAGUCUAUACAUACAUGUGCCAUCGCAUUGAUGAUAGAUGCAAUGACAAAAGCGCUAGCCAAAAUUUGAACAAAGAACGGCAAGUUUAAGCAUUCUUCUAACGUGCAUUUGAAUGCAAUCGCCUCCCGAUGUAAAAUGAUAUUCUUUUUGAGUAUAUCAAAUUGCUUUGUUUCGAACGCUAAUUCACUUUCAGGUCCUUCUUCAAAACGGCCGUUUUCUCCAUGAACAUGACCCAUUUUAGAAAAUCGUAGUCCGAUCAGCUCAAUUUCGAUGCUCAGAAUGAAUAGAAGUAGGCUGAACAUUAUGUCAACUGUGAUAUUCAAGAGAGUGGAUGAAUUGAUGGAGAUGUAUUGAUAGAUGAUGGCCAUCCAAUAGUCUUGUCUAUUGUGUUCCCAAUCCAAGUACGGAUACCAUGAGAUAUAUGGCAAUUCAGCCGGUUCAGCAAAAAUGGCCAUCAGCUCUGUCGUAUGGAUGGCUGUCAUCGCCAUAGCGUAAUAAAACACGGCUACUUUGAAGAAGAAGUGAAUGCGUUGUCGUACCAAUUUUUCUUCGAAUUCAUUCUCCAACUGAAAAUGUUCGGCGCGUUCAAUCAACUUUUGAAAAUGGUUAUUGUUCACCAGAAAACACAUGAUUUUAAUUAAUCCACAAAACUGGGUCAAAUAUAUAUAUAAACCGUAGGUUAAAUCUUCUUGAUCAGUCAGCUUGAGUAAGUAAAUGAACAUGAAAAUAUUCACUAGUCCCGGACAAGUAAAUAAAUACGUCGCUGAAUAAAUAAAAUAUCGGAUUUUUCGGUUCUUUGGAUACCAAACGCCGAGAAUUCGUAACAACAAUUUUAAAUAUUUUAAACAUUUGUCAGCGUUUAAAAAGGUUGCCAUUUUACAUUGAGUUUUCUUCCUUUUUCUUCGUAGUCAACAAGCCGAAUAUAGCCUCUUAAAUGUGUCGAACACGUUGAGGCGAUGGCUUUUAUACAAGGAAAACUCAUUCAAUAUUUAUGAGAAGCAUUUUUUGAAAGUACAACGGAAUUGUCUCAUCGAGUCAAUAAAUUUUGACUGCAUAGUGCACAUGCGACUCAGUGUGAUAGGUGUUAACUUAGUUUAUGAUUAUGGCUCUUUCUAAUUUUUUUCAAUAUUCGUGUCUGCAGUUAAUUCCAACAAUUAAUUCGUAAUGAGAAUCACAAAUAAUGAUACUUUUUUAUGCAAGUAUCAAUUCGGUAGGUGUGAUAUCGAAUGGUGAGAAUUUUUUAAAAUUUAAUUAUAUGUUUCAAUUAGAACAAACAUAUAGUUAUUGUUAAUGACGAAGGUUUCAAUGAAUUGAGAGUGUAUUUUUCAAUGCGUUGAUCGGAUAUAAUAAUUAUUUAUUUUGUUUUGUUCGAUGUUUGGGUUAUACGGUUUUGUGUCUGAUAAGCCAGUCCGAGCGUUUUUAUAUGCAAUUGAAACAGGCGAGGGUGAUGCAUAUGACCUUGGUGUUUCAGUUCAUUGAUACGAUACUCGUAUAUGUACACUACGGUAAAGUGUGAACACAGCACAUUUUGUAGUGGUGUCAGUUCAUACGUGCCGUUUCAUAAUGUUCAGACUAGCACUUUUACUUCGUACUCAUAAAGUGCCAUAAAGUAUUCCCAUUUUUUGAAUUUGAGCCAGAACUCAUUUUAAUAUGAAUAGCCCAAAAGUUAUGCGGCACAAGUAAAAUAAACUAAAAAAAGUUGAUUAAUAUGGUGCAAAUUGAGAUUCCCAACGCGAUGAAAGAGGAUUUACUAACUGACACAAAUUCGCAAAAAUGAUUAAAAACCAUUAGAAUGCUCACAGAUGAAUCGAAACUAAACAAAAUUUGUACAUCAAAGGAAUUCUCAUUACGAGCGAAGAAAUAUCGUUUGAAUAAUUUUGCUCGCGUAAUAUUCAUUUACUACGCAUUUUAGAGUGACCACAAAGUGUGCUUUUCACUAGGCUUUUCAUUUCUGGAAAAAGAAUCGUCUAUUGAAACAAAGAAAUAGUUUGACAGUUGGUGUUUUUAUGAAUGUAGUACUCCGAUUCUUAUCGCAAUUCUAUUACCACCCAAUGUUUUGAUACUAUUUCCAUUUGACGUGUAUGUGAUAAGAGAUUUUUUAUGUUCGAUAAAAUGGAAAUAUUGAUUGAAUUGAUUGAGUUUUAAUAUACAAAGCAGAAAAACGUAUAGACUAACGUAAUUUGUGACACUUUUCUCCAUUGAACAAUUUUUCCAUGAAUUAAUACGCUUCCAAUAACAGCUAAUUAAUUUUUAAUUUGCGGCGUUGUGUAUCAAAAUUAACGAUAUUAGAAAUAUUUUUAAAAAAAUUCUCGAUCAUCUAACAUUCCGUUCAAUAUGCAGAUAUGAAAAAUGUCAAUUGAAAAAUUGCACAUGCUUGGACUCAUUUAUGUAUGUGAAAUGCCGCAUUCCAGCAAAGCCUAAUUAGAAUCGAUAAUGAACUGUUUAUUUGGCCUGUAUCAAUGAUUUAUUUGUGUGACGUUGCAUAUAUUUCCAUUGUAACUAACUGAAAGAGCAAGUUAAUUCUUAAAGACAUUCAUUCUAUGUGAACGUCAAAACGAGCAGAUUUUUCUCUUGCCAAUCAAUCGAACUGAACUUUUACAAUUCAAAACAAAUCCGAAAUGUGCUCAUCGUAUUUUUUAUGUGUUUCGCGGAAUAUGUUUACAAUAAAAGCACGUGUUGUAGUUUGCAAUGACACAUUUGUACACGAGAAUAUAUUUAUCGGCAACAGAAUGGUUUUCUCCAUUCUCUCUCUCUCCCUCUCUCUCUUUCUCUUUGCGUUGUACGCGCUCUCUUUUUGCUUUCGAUUUCCCCUCUCCAUGUGUGUGCUUCCCCUUUUGUGCUCUGUUAUCGAGCACUGCGAACGUUUCAUCGUACAAUAUCCAUUUGUACGUGCUCAGUUGGUGAUUGUCAUGGAGAAGACCGAAACGUAUGGAAGGGCCAAUACAAAUUGCAAAAGUUGAAAAAAAGAAUAAGUGAAAAGAACGAGAAAAGAAUUCGAUACCGGUCCGAAAAAGUCCAUCGACAUCAAAUGCUCGACUUGGGCAAGCGGAAAAAACGACGUCGAAGAACGAAGCAUAAAUACAUACAAAAGCCGGUAGACACGCGUUCUGCAGUACGUUCCCAACAGUUGAACCAACAACACACGGUCGCUCUCUUGUGCUCUCUUCCAAACUGACAAGCUGUGAACAACCAUAACCAUAGUGGGUCAACACAGUGCUUCAUUCUUCGAAUUUAUCAACACGCACAUUUUUAUUCGUUCGCUGGAUAAGUGUAUUUGCAAAGGGAACAAGAAGACAACAGAAGAAAUUUUACCGACGAACACAAGUGAUCGAAAUAAUAAUUUGUUCGAGUGUUUAAAAGGCAUGUUCAUGUGUACACACACACACGCGCGCGCAAUCUCUCUAAACGUGGAUAGAAGUGAAUGAAGAAAAAACACUGUUGAAUGUCAAAUACCACUUUGGUAUAAAUGCUUUGGUGGAAUUGGAGUGACGCAACGACGCCAAAUUGUUUCACAUGCUGAUGCUUGUCGUUCGUUGGAGAUGCGUGUAAUAAGUCACUUUGCUGUCUUUUCUGCAAGCGAUACGAAUCGAAUCGAUAUCACUGUGUAAAUAAUUGUGCCAAUUUGUGUUGAAGGAAAAGCAAAACGACCGAGCAAAACGAAGAGAGUCGAGUGUUGUUAUUAUAGUUUUUUUUCGGGAGGAUUUCAUCCAUUCUCUUGCACUUUCCAUGCUGCAUUCUGCAUGCAAUUUCAUGUUAAGCACGAUUUUGGAACCAAUAAUUAUAGGAACGAAGAAACGCGAGAAGAAAAGAAUCGAGAAAUUCUCAAGUGGAUCGCCAGCUCGCUCUUUCGCAGCAUUCGUUCUGUACCGUCUUCUAUUGUGAAUGUGUACGUGUAAAUCGCCAGCAAUUUAUCCGCGUGUGUGUCUCUCUCACUCUCGCACUUACACUCGCCAUCGAUUGUGUUCAUCCAUUCCGUUCAACACGAAGCAUUUGCAAAAACAAACAUUAAAGCGCUCUCAACCGCUCCAUUUUGAGCGUGUAUCGGUGCUGCAUUUUUUCCUUUAACCUGUUGAUUUAUUCCACCGAGUAUAUACGUACUUUUUCCCAUUCGGUUUGCUCCACUGUACCGAUGCAUAAUAACAAAAAGUCGUUGUAACGAAAAUUUUACAUUUAAUUGUACUGGAGUGUUGUUCGUGUUCAGUUUUGUGAAUGUAUUUUCUCUGUCUUUUGUUUCGUCCGUUUAAUUAUUCGGUUGAAAAAUUUACGAUUAUAUUCACUUGUCGUUGAACUAAAGAGAAAGAAAAAAAAACGUGUACAUUUUACGAAAACAAAUAGAAUUGCUGGCGUGAGUGCGGUCGCGAAUAAAUGAAAAAUAAAAAAGUAGCUGAUUUACAACAUUGACGACAGGGUAAUUAUUUUACCUGAUUUAGUUUAGCGAACGAUAGCGAAAGCAUUGUAAUCAAUAUCUAUAGUAUUAUAUUGUAAUUAAUGCUGAUUUAUGCAAAUUUGCUUCGGAAAAUGCGUACUUUUUAAACUAUAAAAUAAACAAACAGUGUGGUUAUAUUCUUGUUUUGAUAAUUUGACGACGACAACGACCAAAAUUGAGUUAAUCAUGUCGAGUGAAAAGCAUAGUGAAAAUAGUACGGUGACAGGAGUAUUAAAUGAUAAUAACUCUGAAGUGGGAAAUGCGGCCACCGAUAAACUCAAUGGAUUGGCACCGGAAAAAGUUGAGCAUCGUGUGGUUAUAGAACGAAAAAUUACGCUCAUGAAUGGUGUGGGUAUCAUAAUUGGAACGAUUGUCGGAUCGGGCAUCUUUGUUUCACCAACUGGCGUCUUUCUUUACACACAAUCCAUUGGCACGUCGCUCAUGAUAUGGGCCAUUUGUGGAACGUUAUCAACAUUGGGUGCGCUGUGUUAUGCUGAACUUGGUACAUGCAUCACACGCUCAGGCGGCGAUUAUGCUUACUUGUUGAUCGCAUUCGGACCACUUGUCGGAUUCCUACGCUUAUGGAUUGCUUUACUUAUUAUUCGACCAACGACACAAGCAAUUGUCGCACUGACUUUUGCUCAGUAUGCAGCCAAACCAUUUUUCACGGACUGUGAACCACCAGACACGCCGGUACGGCUUUUGGCUGCUGUUUGCCUGUCUCUUCUCACGGCAAUCAAUUGUAUUUCGACGAAACUUUCGAUGAAAGUUCAGGAUAUUUUUACCUUUGCCAAACUAUUUGCGUUAAUCAGCAUCAUUUGUGCCGGUUUAUACACGAUGUCAACAGGUGACUUGGAAUAUUUCAGCGAUCCAUGGGACGGUAGAUAUGAUGCAGCUAGCAUUGGAUUUGCAUUUUAUUCGGGACUAUUCGCAUUCGGUGGAUGGAAUUAUUUGAAUUUCGUUACGGGCGAGCUCAUUGAUCCAUAUAGGAAUCUUCCACGAGCUAUUUGGAUUGCAAUGCCGAUGGUCACCAUCAUCUAUGUGUUGGUGAAUUUGGCCUAUUUUGCCGUCGUAUCACGAGAUGAGAUGCUUGCCUCGGUAGCAGUAGCUGUGACUUUUGGGAAUAAAGUAUUUGGACCGGUUGCUUGGUGCAUCCCAAUUUUCGUAGCUCUCAGUUGCUUCGGAGGAGUUAAUGGUGUUGUGUUUACAUCCGCACGAUUGUUCGCAACUGGUGCUCAGGAUGGUAAUUUGCCAUCGUUCUUUUCUCUUGUUCAUUACAAGCAGCAGACUCCAAUACCAUCAUUGAUAUUUUCGCUUAUAAUCUCAUUGAUAAUGCUCUUCACAUCGAAUGUGUUCUUGUUAAUCAACUACUUCAGUCAAAUCUUGUGGUUGUCGGUUGUGGCCAGUAUUGCUGCUUUGCUAUGGUUGAGAAAGACUAAACCUGAUCUUCCGCGGCCAAUCCGUGUCAACCUAAUCAUUCCAAUCCUAUUUAUCGUUCUAUGCAUGAUUUUAGUUUUGUUGCCGAGCAUAGAAUCUCCGAAGAACUUGGUGAUUGGCAUUCUAAUCACAGCGGCCGGCAUUCCAGUUUAUUAUGUCGGUGUGGCCUGGAAGAAUAAGCCAGCCUGUUAUACUCGUUUAUCGAGAGGAGUGGAACGUUUCUGCCAGAUUAUGUUCUCCUCAAUGUUUGUUGACAAUGAAGAAAAAGAAGUCUAAUGCGUCUUUUCUCAACUACACCAUAUUCCAUUUUAUUCAUUGCGCAAUUUAGUUUUAAUAUUUCAACAUCGGUUUUCUUUGGAUAUAACUUCAUUUAAAGACAUCACGUUCAGUAUGUUUCGUUUGAUUUAGUUUUGUCCACCAAUUUGAAGUUUAUUUUGCGCAUUUCAUUUUGUAUUUCAUUUAUAUUUUAAUGUAAAAUUCCAUUUAAUUUUUAUUUUUAUGACACAACAUUCAGUUAAGACUAAUUUUCAAAGCAAAUAAAUGACAUUUUAAAAGCAAGAAUUUAAUAAAAAAUAAAAUAAGAUAUUGUAUCGAACGUAUGAAUCGAAGGGACCAAUUUAUGCUUGAUUAAAUGUAUUGCUGUCGGUGAUUUUUGGUCGACAAAUUCAAUGUAAUUGUUCAUAAAAAAAAAUGAGAAAAAAAUGAUUAAAAAAAAAAAUGUUCGUAAUUGUUUGUGUGGCAACAAUAAAAAAGCGCAUUUUUUCGAUGUUCACAUCAAAAA